AUGUUCGUCAUAGCCGCUAGUUUGUUGGUUCUCAAUGCCAUCUCAAUGGCAGUGGUCUUUGGCAUACUUCCACUUCCAACCUUCUACAUUUAUCCAACAGACCCUAAUUUAGACUGGAUGGAUAUCAUCAACCUUUUCAUCCAGAUGCUCGAAACUUGGGAAAGUGGCUCCACAGAAGGAGUAUACGCUUACCUUCCUCACAGUCUACCAGUUGGAAACGUUGUAUAUUCGUUCUACCAAUGGGGGAUGAAAAAGUACAAUAAACUUCUGAAGGAAGAGGUAGUCUACAAAGACAGCGGUCUCCGUAUAUUUCCAUGUUUAGUACGAGAUGUGGUGUCACAGAUUCCUCAAGCUAAGGAAACCGAUAGCGUUGGUUCGUGGGUAACGGUUGUUGAAAACACCUUGAAUCUGACCAAAAGAAGCGUCAGAAAUGUGUCACAUCUUGAAACGGGAAGAUACGCCGAAAUGGAUCAAGACAAUGCCGAAAGACUCUCUACUAUCCCGUACCAUCGUCCUGAGACAGCUGCAAGACACAGGCAGUUCUUCUACUGCCACUAUGCCAUUGCCUUUCUUGGUUACUUUUUGAGCUUUUUCAUGUUCGUCAUCGCCGCUAGUUUGUUGGUUCUCAAUGCCAUAUCAAUGGCAGUCGUUUUCGGUAUUCUUCCACUUCCCACCUUCUACAUUUACCCAACAGAGACCAAUCUAAACUGGAUGGAUAUUAUCAAUCUUUUCAUCCAAAUGCUUGAAACAUGGGAAAAGGGCUCGACAGAAGGGGUCGAAUCGUACCUUCCUGAGAAUCUACCAGUUGGAAAUGUGGUCUACUCAUUCUACCCAUGGGGUAUGAAAAAGUACGAUAGAGAUCUGGGAAAAGAGCUGCUCUACAAGGACGACGGCCACCGUAUAAUGCCCGUUCUAGUUCGAGAUGUGUUAUCACAAUUUCCUCAAGCUAAGAAAACCGACAGCGUCCAUACUUGGGAAAGGGUGGCUCAAAACACCAUAAAUCUGACGAAAAGGAGUAUCAGAAAUAUUUCACAUUUUGACAGGGCAAAGUACUCCGAAAUGGAUCGGGAAAAUGCCCAGAGACUCCUUCGUAUUCAGUACUGCACUACCGACACAGCAGCACGACACAAGCAGUUCCUUUACUACCACUAUGCAAUUGCUUUCCUUGGGUACUUUUUGAGCUUCUUCAUCCAAUCAGGUGGUUGGCAAGCAGUCUUGUGGAUAGCACAUAAUAUAACCGCUAUCAUAGUAUUCUUCGGGAUUCACGACGAUAUGGAGGGUUAUUACACGAUUUUGCAGAAUAACGACAUAGCGUGUACUUACGGGCCUUUCUUCUGGCUCCAUUUUGUUCUUAUGUUUUGGGGCUGGAUAGGGUUGUAUAUUUCCUUUUUCUUGUUGAGUGUGGCCGAGUAA